AUGCCCUGGCGCCAACUGCCGAUGGCCAGCCUCUUCGCGACGGCGUCGCUCCUGCUGGCAGCACUGGCCCCAAUCCCACCCUCCCAAGCCCGCCUACCCCCAGGCCACUUCAACACCACUCACACCCCCACCAACACCACCCACAGCCAUGUUUACCCCGUGUAUGACGUCUUCACCCUCCACUCCGCCGCCAACGGCCAGUGCCUGUCCUACAACCCCGGCUCAGACGGCACCAGCAAGAAGACCACCGUCAGCGAGUGCCAGGCCUUCGCUAACGAGCAGUGCUGGUUCCUGGGGGGCCCCGGCGCCAGGGUCAAAUCCACGGUCAACAGCUACUGCCUGACCGUGUGCCAGGGGGACGACUGCCACGACUACCGGCAGCGGCAGAUGGCGGAGGUGAUCGUGGUGCCGUGCGAGGAGGACGACAGCCCGGCGCAGAGCUGGGUGUCCUACGAUGGCCGGUUCAUGUCCGAGGUCAACGGUGACUGCCUGACCCAAUGCACGACCUGCGUUGACUUCGUUGUGGUCACUUACCCUUGCACGGGCCUGUCGGAGCAGCAGUGGAGGCAGCUCCCCGCGGCCGAGGCGGCCGCGGUGUAG